CCUCAACUUGGAACCUCUUUUUCUAGCGCCCCCCCUCAAGUUUCCGCUCUCUUUCUUCUCAGUUUUCCACUUUUUUUCUCUCCAGAAGACUAUUUUGAGCAUUUGAGAAGGGAUAAAAAACGAGGAAAAGAAAAGGUUGAAGAAAAAAUGAAAGCGAAAAUGAGGAAGAAUUGUGAGCUAUGUAGAGGAUCGGCGAGGAUGUACUGCGAGUCGGACCAGGCCAGUCUUUGCUGGAGCUGCGAUUUCCGAGUCCACGCCGCUAAUUUCCUGGUUGCGAGGCAUUUGAGGACUCUCCUCUGCCACGUUUGCCAGUCUCCGACGCCGUGGACAGCCAGCGGGACUAAACUAGGCCCCACCGUCUCCGUCUGCGACAACUGCUGCCUCCGGAAGCGCAAUCGACUCGACGACGGUGAAGAAGAGGUUGAUGUUAAUGAAUCGGAAGGUGAAGAUGUCGGUGAGCAGGAUGAUGAUGAUGAUGAUGAGAAGAAGGAUAAUGAAGAUUUUCAAGUGGUGCCAUGGUCACCGACCGCACCGCCUCCACCGGCGAGUUCUUCGUCGAAUAACGAUGAAGAAGCAUCGAAUUCUUCUUCGUCUGCGUCUUCUUCAUUGGCGUCAUCUCCGCGUGAUCGGAAAAGAAUGCGCAAAAAUGCCUCAGAUCCCCGCUCACAAGAGAACCGUUGUUGGAUAGAUUUGAAUAAGCCGCCGGAGAUGGCGGCGAAGGAGGUUGCUUGUGCUUGUGGUGGUGGAGGAGAACGGGCGGAUUGUGUUGACUCAUUAUCAACCAGGAGUUUGAAAAGCGGGAGACGAGAAUCGGGUCGGAUUGGAAUUUCGAGGCCGAACUCAUGGGCAAUAGUGGAGUCCGUUAAGCGGUUGCAGAGGCAAGAGAUGGGAUCUCCUGCAGCUAUUGCUAAGUUGUGCAGAUUAAGUGAAGAUCAAUCAGCCGUCGAUUGUGAUUCCUCCGAGUGUGCUUAGCCGUAGGAUUUAGAGUAGAUGGUCUGAAAAGUUGGUAGGACUGAAAUUUGAAAUAUUUCAUCUAGGAUAAGAUAAGAAAUCAUAGUAGUGCUAGUGUUCGGUUUGUUCUCAUUAUUUCCUUGUUUUUUUUUUGUCUCCUUGUAAUUUUUUUUUUUUUGGGACAUGGUAGAAUUUGUUUAUUGCUUCCUAGUAGGAUUUUUAAGUGCAAAAGAUACAUUUCUCCUUUGGUAUUUUACGGAAUAUUUGGAAUGUGUAUACAUCCUAGCAUUAUUGAGA